AUUCCUAGCCUCCCCUUAACAGAACCCUGCAAGCUGAUAGCUGCUCACUACAUCUUUGGACUUCAGGAGUAAAAGCACCAGUUGUCCUGUUCUUUGCACUUUGGUACCUAUUCCUGUGAGCUUAAGGGGGCAACUACAUACUCAACAAGGGAAGUGGACUCUCUGUGGAUGGAACCUGUUACAGUCAUUCUCCUACUAGCAGGGCUAGUUGGAUCACUUCAAAAUGGGGUAUCAGAAGCACAAACAACUGACUCACCAGACAACUCUACAGCCACCACAACCUCACUAGAAAAUAUAGGAUCAACUGCUGUCAUGACUAUAAUCCCGGUCACAACACAGUCAAUGCAGGAUGUCUUCACAAGCAACACAACAAUGUUACUGGUCACUGCAACCAUAGAACCAGGUCAGGAAGCCUUAACAGUUGCUUCAACAGACACAGGGACUUCAGCACCCACCCAAGAAAGCUCAACAGCUGGAACAAACACACCAUCCCAAGAAAGCUCAACAGCUGGCACAACUUCACCACCAGAGACAGUUACUUCAGCCUCUGCCCAAGAAAGCUCAACAGCUGGCACAAACACACCCGCCCAAGAAGGUUCAACAUCUGGCACAAACAUACCCACCCAAGAAAGCUCAACAGCAGGCACAAACACACCCGCCCAAGAAGGUUCAACAUCUAGCACAAACACACCCGCCCAAGAAAGCUCAACAGCUGGCACGAACAUACCAUCCCAAGAAAGCUCAACAGCUGGCACAACCUCACCACCAGAGACAGUUACUUCAGCCUCUGCCCAAGAAAGCUCAACAGCUGGCACAAACACACCCGCUCAUGAAAGCCCAACAGUUGGUGCAAACACACCCGCCCAAGAAAGCUCAACAGCUGGCACAACCUUAACACAAGAGACAGUUACUUCAGCAUCUGCCCAAGAAAGCUCAACAGCUGGCACAAACACACCCGCCCAUGAAAGCUCAACAGCUGGCACAAAUACACCCGCCCAUGAAAGCCCAACAGUUGGUGCAAACACACCCGCCCAAGAAAGCUCAACAUUUGGCACAAACACACCCGCCCAUGAAAGCUCAACAGUUGGUGCAAACACACCUGCCCAAGAAAGCUCAACAGCUGGCACAAAUACACCCGCCCAAGAAAGCUCAACAACUCGCACAACCUCACCACCAGAAACAGUGACUUCAGCCUCUGCCCAAGAAAGCUCAACAGCUGGCACAAACACACCCGCCCAAGAAGGUUCAACAUCUGGCACAAACAUACCCACCCAAGAAAGCUCAACAGCAGGCACAAACACACCCGCCCAAGAAGGUUCAACAUCUAGCACAAACACACCCGCCCAAGAAAGCUCAACAGCUGGCACGAACAUACCAUCCCAAGAAAGCUCAACAGCUGGCACAACCUCACCACCAGAGACAGUUACUUCAGCCUCUGCCCAAGAAAGCUCAACAGCUGGAUCAAACACACCCACCCAAGAAGGUUCAACAUCUGGCACAAACAUACCCACCCAAGAAAGCUCAACAGCAGGCACAAACACACCCGCCCAAGAAGGUUCAACAGCUGGCACAAACAUACCAUCCCAAGAAAGCUCAACAGCUGGCACAACCUCACCACCAGAGACAGUUACUUCAGCCUCUGCCCAAGAAAGCUCAACAGCUGGAUCAAACACACCUGCCCAAGAAGGUUCAACAUCUGGCACAAACAUACCCACCCAAGAAAGCUCAACAGCAGGCAAAAACACACCCGCCCAAGAAAGCUCAACAGCUGGUGCAAACACACCCGCCCAAGAAAACUCAACAGCUGGCACAAAUACACCCGCCCAAGAAAGCUCAACAGCUGGCACAACCUUAACACAAGAGACAGUUACUUCAGCAUCUGCCCAAGAAAGCUCAACAGCUGGAACAAACACACCCGCCCAAGAAAGCUCAACAGCUGGCACAAACACACCCGCCCAUGAAAGCCCAACAGUUGGUGCAAACACACCCGCCCAAGAAAGCUCAACAGCUGGCACAACCUUAACACAAGAGACAGUUACUUCAGCAUCUGCCCAAGAAAGCUCAACAGCUGGCACAAACACACCCGCCCAUGAAAGCUCAACAGCUGGCACAAAUACACCCGCCCAUGAAAGCCCAACAGUUGGUGCAAACACACCCGCCCAAGAAAGCUCAACAUUUGGCACAAACACACCCGCCCAUGAAAGCUCAACAGUUGGUGCAAACACACCUGCCCAAGAAAGCUCAACAGCUGGCACAAAUACACCCGCCCAAGAAAGCUCAACAACUCGCACAACCUCACCACCAGAAACAGUGACUUCAGCACCUGCCCAAGAAAGCUCAACAGCUGGCAAAGCCUCACCACCAGACACUUCAUCACCCGCCCAAGAAAGCUCAACAUCUCGCACAACCUCACCACCAGAAACAGUGACUUCAGCACCUGCCCAAGAAAGCUCAACAACUGGCAAAGCCUCACCACCAGACACUUCAUCACCCGCCCAAGAAAGCUCAACAUCUCGCACAACCUCACCACCAGAAACAGUGACUUCAGCACCUGCCCAAGAAAGCUCAACAGCUGGCAAAGCCUCACCACCAGACACUUCAGCACCCGCCCAAGAAAGCUCAACAACUGGCAAAGCCUCACAACCAGACACUUCAGCACCCACCCAGGAAAGCUCAACAGCAAGCACAACCAAAUCACCUGUUGAAACAACUUUAGAACCAGCCAGGGAAACUUCGACAGCUAGCACAACUACUCCACCAGUAACCACAACAACAACCACAACUGUUGCAACGACCACAAUAUCCACAACAGCUAUUAAAACUACUACUACAACUACAGCCAAAACCACAACUACAACUACUAAAGCUGCCCCAAUUCCAGAGCCUGUAAUCAAGCUAGGAUUUAAGGUGGAAGAAAAGUUUACUUCAGACCUUGAAAACACAAGUUCACCAUCAUUCAAGAAAUUGGAGAUUGAAGUUACCACUGCACUUGACAAGGUCUACACGGAUAAAUUUGGAUCCCUCUUCAAUAGAACGGUCGUCACGAAAUUUAGCCAAGGAUCCAUUGUAGUGGAUGCUGAGUUGAUCUUCAAUAAUGUGACAGCACUACCAAAUUCUAGUUCUGUGACUGAAACCUUGACGGAGGCUGUAACCAGUCAAAACUUUUCCCUCAGUGUCAACACAUCUUCAAUUUCAGCAGCCCCUGUCUUCACAGAGCCUAAACAAGAAACCCUUCCUGAAACCACAACAAUUAAUUUAACUACCCUACCAGAACUUACAACAGCCACAAUUGAAAGUUCCACAGCUCCAACAGCAGUUGGCACGUCUUCACCAUUACCCACUACAACUUCAACGCCACUUGAAACAGCCUCAUUAUCAACCACCAUGGCUCCCCAACCAGCCACUGAAACUACACCAACAGUCACUGCAACUUCACCUCUAGUCAGUUCAUCUUUACCAUCAGCCACCACCAUGGCAGAGCGUGUUGAAGAAACUUCACAAACAAUCAACAUGACAUCACCAACACUCAGUGUGGCAUCAGCAUCUACACUGCCCACAUUGUCUUCACCCGACACUGUAGUACCAACAACAGCCUCUACAAUAUCUGGGAUUUCAACUUCCACAUCAGCUAACCCAGCAACAACACCAUCAAACAUAACCUCACCAGCUGGGACAAUCACUUCAACACCAAUUAUUUCAACAUCGCAACCAUUUGUUGAGACUUCACCUCCAGAAAGCUCAAGUUCAACAUCAAUAAGCACAACCUCAACACUAAUCAGUGCAACAUCAACACCAGUCAGUUCAACAUCAGCAGAAGCCAGUGGGACUUCACCUUUAAUCGGUACAUCUUCAGCACCAGAAAGUCUAGCUUCACAACCAGCCAUAGAAGUGUCAACAGCAACUAGUGCAGUUUCAACACCAGAAAAUACAACAUCCCCAACUAACAGUGAAACUUCACCAUCAAUCAGUGCAACAUCAACACCAGUCAGUUCAACAUCAGCAAAAGCCAGUGGGACUUCACCUUUAAUCGGUGCAUCUUCAACACCAGAAAGUCUAGCUUCACAACCAGCCAUAGAAGUGUCAACAGCAACUAGUACAGUUUCAACACCAGAAAGUACAACAUCCCCAAUUAAUAGUGAAACUUCACCAUCAAUCAUUGCAACAUCAACACCAGUCAGUUCAACAUCAGCAGAAGCCAGUGGGACUUCACCUUUAAUCGGUACAUCUUCAGCACCAGAAAGUCUAGCUUCACAACCAGCCAUAGAAGUGUCAACAGCAACUAGUACAGUUUCAACACCAGAAAAUACAACAUCCCCAACUAACAGUGAAACUUCACCAUCAAUCAGUGCAACAUCAACACCAGUCAGUUCAACAUCAGCAGAAGCCAGUGGGACUUCACCUUUAAUCGGUGCAUCUUCAACACCAGAAAGUCUAGCUUCACAACCAGCCAUAGAAGUGUCAACAGCAACUAGUACAGUUUCAACACCAGAAAGUACAACAUCCCUAAUUAAUAGUGAAACUUCACCAUCAAUCAUUGCAACAUCAACACCAGUCAGUUCAACAUCAGCAGAAGCCAGUGGGACUUCACCUUUAAUCGGUGCAUCUUCAACACCAGAAAGUCUAGCUUCACAACCAGCCAUAGAAGUGUCAACAGCAACUAGUACAGUUUCAACACUAGAAAGUACAACAUCCCCAACUAACAGUGAAACUUCACCAUCAAUCAGUGCAACAUCAACACCAGUCAGUUCAACAUCAGCAAAAGCCAGUGGGACUUCACCUUUAAUCGGUGCAUCUUCAACACCAGAAAGUCUAGCUUCACAACCAGCCAUAGAAGUGUCAACAGCAACUAGUACAGUUUCAACACCAGAAAGUACAACAUCCCCAACUAAUAGUGAAACUUCACCAUCAAUCAGUGCAACACCAACACCAGUCAGUUCAACAUCAGCAAAAGCCAGUGGGACAUCACUGGCUACAACAGAAACACCGAACUCAGAAAAAGUCACAACAGCUUCACCAUUUGUCAGUUCAGCAUCUACAACAGAAAGCCAGGCAUCAACUUUAGCCAUUACAACCUUACCACCUGACAGUACAGCAUCUACUAUAGUAAACACCACAAUAACAACAAAGUUUACAACCACAUCAGCAAUUAAACCAUCAGAACCAACUAUAACAACAAUGGACCAUACAACAACAACAGCUGCUGUACAACCAACAACAACAACUACACAGACAACAACCACAAUAGCUGCUCCAAACCCGAAACAGACGAUUAAAUUGUUUUUUAAACUGGAGGAAACAUUUACUGACGACCUUCUGAACAAUACCUCACCAAAAUUCAUCAGUCUCGCAGCAAACCUUGAAAACCAACUUGACGGCAUUUAUAGGUUGAAAUUUGGAACACGAUUUCUGAGAGUGAUAAUCAAUGGUUUCAGGAAAGGUUCAAUUGAAGUAGAUUCUGAGCUAGUAUUUAAUAAUGCAACCUCAGUGCCACAAACUGCUGAAGUAGCAACUACCCUGAUUGAUGCAUACAAUAGUUCCAACUUUAACUUCACACUGAACACAACAAGCAUCUCUGCUUCAGUUACUGAGACAACCACAGUUUCACCUGUGACGUUGGAUACUACAACAGAAACUAUAGUACCAACAACAGCCUCUACAACAUCUGGGAUUUCAACUUCCACAUCAGCUAACCCAACAACAACACCAUCAAACACAACAUCACCAGCUGGGACAAUCACUUCAACACCAAUUAUUUCAACAUCACAACCAUUUGUUGAGACUUCACCUCCAGAAAGCUCAAGUUCAACAUCAAUAAGCACAACCUCAACACUAAUCAGUUCAACAUCAUCAACAGUCAGUGAAACUUCACCUUUAAUCAGUACAUCUUCAGCACCAGAAAGUCUAGCUUCACAACCAGCCAUAGAAGUGUCAACAGCGAUUGCUUCAACUUCAACACCAGAUAGUACAACAUCUCUAACUAAUAGUGGAACUUCACCAUCAAUUAGUGCAUCAUCAACACCAGUCAGAUCUUCAUCACCAACAGCCAUUGGAACUUCAGCAUCAAGUAGUACAAUUUCAGCACCAGAAAGUCUAGCUUCACAACCAGCUAUAGAAGUUUCAACACCAAUUAGUACUGUUUCAACACCAGAAAGUACAACAUCCCCAACUAAUAGUGAAACUUCACCAUCAAUUAGUGCAUCAUCAACACAAGUCAGUACAACAUCACCAACAGCCAUUGGAACGUCAGAAUCAAUUAGUACAACUUCAGCACCAGAAAGUCUAGCUUCACAACCAGCUAUAGAAGUGUCAACAGCAAUUAGUCCAGUUUCAACACCAGAAAGUACAACAUCCCCAACUAAUAGUGAAACUUCACCAUCAAUCAGUGCAACAUCAACACCAGUCAGUUCAACAUCACCAAAAGCCAGUGGGACUUCACCUUUAAUCGAUACAUCUUCAACACCAGAAAGUCUAGCUUCACAACCAGCCAUAGAAGUGUCAACAGCAACUAGUACAGUUUCAACACCAGAAAGUACAACAUCCCCAACUAAUAGUGAAACUUCACCAUCAAUCAGUGCAACCUCAACACCAGUCAGUUCAACAUCAGCAAAAGCCAGUGGGACUUCACCUUUAAUCGGUGCAUCUUCAACACCAGAAAGUCUAGCUUCACAACCAGCCAUAGAAGUGUCAACAACAAUUGGUACAACUUCAACACCCCUAACUAAUAGUGGAACUUCACCAUCAAUUAGUGCAUCAUCAACACCAGUCAGUUCGACAUCACCUACAGCCAUUGGAACGUCAGCAUCAAUUAGUACAACUUCAGCACCAGAUAGUACAACAUCCCCAACUAAUAGUGGAACUUCACCAUCAAUCAGUGCAACUUUAACACCAGUCAGUUCAACAUCACCAACAGCCAAUGAGAGUCUAUUACCAAUUGCCACAGGUUCAACAUCAGAAUCUGUACCACCCACAACCUCACCAUUAACAACAAGUAUUUCAACUUCAACAUCAGCAGAAACUGUACCACCUACGACAGCACAAUUACCGACAGGGACUUCAACAUCCACAUCAGAAACUGCAUCAAUUACAACAGCACCCUCAACAACAGGGAUUACAAUAUCAACAUCAGAAACUAAACAAACUUCACAACCAGUUUCAACAACAGCAGCAAUUCCAACAACAACAACAACAACUGUAUCGACAACAACUACAACUGCUGCUCCACAACCUGAAUCAAUAAUUGUACUGGUUUUUAAAUUGGAACAGACAUUUAUCCCUGCACUGGAAAUCAAUACCUCUCCAGAAUUUAUCAGUCUUGCAAGGGGCAUUGAACAAGCUCUUUAUGCCAUUUAUUCAGAAAGAUUUUCAGGGUUGUUCCGGCGAGCGAGAGUCAAGUAUUUCAGACGGGGUUCAGUUGUGGUAGAUUCGGAGCUGGAGUUUAAUAAUGCUACUUCAGUACCACCAGCUAACGCUGUAGAGACCACCCUGGUGGAUGCAUACAACACUUCAACCUUUAACUAUACACUGAACACAACAAGCAUCGCUGCUUCAAGAAUUGAAACAACCACCCUUGCACCUACAACACCAAUGGAUUUACCUACAACAGAAAAUGCAUCACCUACAACAACAUCUUCAACAUCAGCGAUUUCAACUGUUACAUCAGUUAAUCCACAAACAACACCAUUGGACCUAACCUCAUCAGCUGCAACCACCACUUCAACACCAGUCACUUCGACCUUGCAACCAAUCAGUGAAAGUUCACCACAAACAAGUCCAACUUCGCCAUCAGUCAGCCCAGCUGUAAUACCAGUCAGUUCGACAGUACAACCAAUCAGUGAAACUUCACCACAGACAAUUCCAACAUCACCAUCAGUCAGCAUAACUUCCACACCAAUUGCUUCAACAUCACUUACACUACCACCAGUCAGUCUGGGUUCAACACAAGAAACUGCUUCACCAACAACUGCAUUUUCAACAUCAGUGAUUUCAACUUCAACAUCAGUCAAACCACCAACAACACCAUUGGAUAUAACCUCAUCAGCUGCAACUAUCACUUCAACACCAGUCACUUCGACCUUGCAACCAAUAAGUGAAAAUUCACCAAAUACAAGUCUGACGUCACCUACAGUUACCACAGCUUCACCACCAAUCAGUUCAACUUCACAACCAAUCAAUGAAAGUUCACCACAAACAAGUCCAACAUCACCAUCAGUCACCACAGCUUCGCCACCAAUCAGUUUGACUUCACAACCAAUCACCGGAGGUUCACCACAAACAAGUUCAACAUCACCAUCGGCCACCACAUCUUUACUUCCAAUCAGUAUAACAACACAACCACUCAGUGAAAGUUCACCACAAACCAGUUCAACAUCAGCCUCAGUCAGUACCGUUUUACCUUCAAUCACUUCAACGGCACAACCAGUCAGUGAAACUUCACCACAGACAAUUCCAACAUCACCAUCAGUCAGCAUAACUUCCACACCCAAUGCUUCAACAUCACCUACAGUACCACCAGUCAGUCUGGGUUCAACACAAGAAACUGCUUCACCAACAACUGCAUUUUCAACAUCAGUGAUUUCAACUUCAACAUCAGUCAAACCACCAACAACACCAUUGGAUAUAACCUCAUCAGCUGCAACCAUCACUUCAACACCAGUCACUUCGACCUUGCAACCAAUAAGUGAAAAUUCACCAAAUACAAGUCUGACGUCACCUACAGUUACCACAGCUUCGCCACCAAUCAGUUCAACUUCACAACCAAUCAGUGAAAGUUCACCACAGACAAGUCCAACAUCACCAUCGGCCACCACAUCUUUACUUCCAAUCAGUAUAACAUCACAACCACUCAGUGAAAGUUCACCACAAACCAGUUCAACAUCAGCCUCAGUCAGUACCGUUUUACCUUCAAUCACUUCAACGUCACAACCAGUCAGUGAAACUUCACCACAGACAAUUCCAACAUCACCAUCAGUCAGCAUAACUUCCACACCCAAUGCUUCAACAUCACCUACAGUACCACCAGUCAGUCUGGGUUCAACACAAGAAACUGCUUCACCAACAACUGCAUUUUCAACAUCAGUGAUUUCAACUUCAACAUCAGUCAAACCACCAACAACACCAUUGGAUAUAACCUCAUCAGCUGCAACCAUCACUUCAACACCAGUCACUUCGACCUUGCAACCAAUAAGUGAAAAUUCACCAAAUACAAGUCUGACGUCACCUACAGUUACCACAGCUUCGCCACCAAUCAGUUCAACUUCACAACCAAUCAGUGAAAGUUCACCACAAACAGGUCCAACAUCCCCAUCAGUCACCACAGCUUCGCCACCAAUCAGUUUGACUUCACAACCAAUCAGCGAAGGUUCACCACAAACAAGUUCAACAUCACCAUCAGUCACCACAGCUUUACCAGCAAUCAGUUUGACUUCACAACCAAUCACCGAAGGUUCACCACAGACAAGUCCAACAUCACCAUCGGCCACCACAUCUUUACUUCCAAUCAGUAUAACAACACAAACACUCAGUGAAAGUUCACCACAAACCAGUUCAACAUCAGCCUCAGUCAGUACCGUUUUACCUUCAAUCACUUCAAUGGCACAACCAGUCAGUGAAACUUCACCACAGACAAUUCCAACAUCACCAUCAGUCAGCAUAACUUCCACACCAAUUGCUUCAACAACACCUACUGUACCACCAGUCAGUCUGGGUUCAACACAAGAAACUGCCUCAGCAACAACUGCAAUUCCAACAUCAGUGAUUUCAACUGCUUCAUCAGUCAACCCACCAACAACAUCAUUGGACAUAACCUCAUCUGCAACCAUCACAACACCAGUCACUUCGACCUUGCAACCAAUCAGUGAAAGUUCACCACAAACAAGUUCAUCACCAUCAGUCAGCACAACUUCCAUGCCAAUUAGUUCAACAUCAUCUACAGUACCACCAUUCAGUCUGGGUUCAACACAAGCAGUGACAACUCUGACAGCCACCACAGCUGCAACCAGUGGUACAUCUGGCACCACACCUUCUACUGUGCCAAUCACUACUGCCCCACCAACCAAUCCACCUUCACCCAAUGAGGGAGUUCUGUAUAUUACAUUCCGUCUAAGUGACACAUUUACAGCUGAACUCUCUGAUAAUAGUUCUCCGGGAUUUAAGUCUUUGGCAAACAAAGUGGUCAUAGAGGUAAACAGAGUAUGCAGACUUAUCUUUGGACAAUCUUUCCUGCGGUCUCUUAUUAAUGCAUUCAGGAGUGGCUCAGUGGUCGCAGAUAUGACUCUGGUGUUUCAGGAUAACAACUCAGUUCCCAAUGAGAACAAUGCAACAUUGCAACUUGACAAUGAGCUUACCAGCAACAAAACGUCUCUCAAUAUCAUAGAUGGCAGUGUUGUAGCAAAUUUGACAAAAGAUGUUUUAACAACUGUUCCCUCUACAACCGCAACUUUAACACCCACAACAGCAGGAGCUGCCACUACUGGAAUUCAACCAUCCACAACAGUUUUCCCAACACCAACACUGAGCAAAACAUCACCUAUUGAAAACACAUCAACAGUUACUGCACCCUCACCUCCUGUCACUGAGACUUCAGCACCACUCAAUCCAUCAUCACAAACCACCAGCACAACUACAGCAUCACUUAGUCCAUCGUCAGAAAGUGCCAGAACAACUACAGCAUCACUUAGUCCAACAUCCGAAAGUGCCAGCACAACUACAGCACGACUCAGUCCAUCAUCACACCCUGUCAGCACAACUACAGCACAAAUCAGUCCAUCAUCACAAAGUUCCAGCACAACUACAGCACCACUCAGUCCAUCAUCACACCCUGUCAGCACAACUACAGCACAAAUCAGUCCAUCAUCACAAAGUUCCAGCACAACUACAGCACCAUUUAAUCCAUCAUCACAAAGUGCCAGCACAACAACAGCGCCACUUAGUCCAUCCUCACAAAGUGUCAGCACAACUACAGCAUCACUUAUUCCAUCAUCACAAAGUUCCAGCACAACUACAGCACCAUUUAAUCCAUCAUCACAAAGUGCCAGCACAACAACAGCGCCACUUAGUCCAUCCUCACAAAGUGCCAGCACAACUUCAGCAUCACUUAGUCCAUCAUCAGAAAGUGCCAGCACAACUCCAGCACCAUUCAGUCUAUCAUCACAAAGUGCCAGCACAACUACAGCAUCACUUACUCCAUCAUCAGAAAGUUCCAGCACAACUACAGCACCACUUAAUCCAUCAUCACAAAAUGCCAGCACAACAACUGCGCCACUUAGUCCAUCCUCACAAAGUGUCAGCACAACUACAGCAUCACUUAUUCCAACAUCAGAAAGUGCCAGCACAACUACAGCAUCACUAAGUCCAUCCUCGCAAAGUGCCAGCACAACUACAGCAUCACUUAAUCCAUCCUCACAAAGUGUCAGCACAACUACAGCAUCACUUAGUCCAUCAUCAGAAAGUGCCAGCACAACUACAGCACUAGUCAGUCCAUCAUCACAACCUGUCAGCACAACUACAGCACCACUCAGUCUCUCAUCACAAAGUGCCAGCACAACAACAGCGCCACUUAGUCCAUCCUCACAAAGUGUCAGCACAACUACAGCAUCACUUAGACCAACAUCAGAAAGUGCCAGCACAACUACAGCAUCACUUAGUCCAUCCUCGCAAAGUGCCAGCACAACUACAGCAUCACUUAGUCCAUCCUCACAAAGUGCCAGCACAACUACAGCAUCACUUAGUCCAUCAUCACAAAGUUCCAGCACAACUACAGCACCACUUAAUCCAUCAUCACAAAAUGCCAGCACAACAACUGCGCCACUUAGUCCAUCCUCACAAAGUGUCAGCACAACUACAGCAUCACUUAGUCCAACAUCAGAAACUGCCAGCACAACUACAGCAUCACUUAGUCCAUCCUCGCAAAGUGCCAGCACAACUACAGCAUCACUUAGUCCAUCCUCACAAAGUGCCAGCACAACUACAGCACUACUUAGUCCAUCAUCACAACCUGUCAGUUCAACUACAGCACCACUCAGUUCAUCAGUUCAACCUGCCAGCACAAUUUCUACACCACUCAGCCCAUCAUCACAAACUGCCAGCACAACAUUUGAAGCAUUUAAUUCAUUUUCAACCACAGUUAAAACAACACCAGGAAGUUUAUUUUCCAUAAUAGUUACUUCAAAGCCAAUAACUUCUAUAACCACAGAAGGUGCUGUCACAUCUUCCUCUACAACAGGAAAUGAGCCAACCACAAUAGUUUUGCCAACAAUAAGCAAAAUAUCAUCUACUGAGUACACUUCAACCGUUGCUGCAACCUCACCACCAGUCACUGCAACUUCCCCUUCAGUCACUUCAACUUCAUCUCCAGUCACUGGAACGUCCCCUCCAUUCACUGCAACUUCACCUCCAGUCACUGCAACUUCAGCACCAGUCACUGCAGCUUCAUCUACAGUCGUUUUUACUUCAACUCCUGUAACUGAAACUUCACCAAAUGUUACAGCAUCUUCCCUGUUUGUGAGCACAACUCCAACACCAACCGCUGCAACUUCCCCACCAGUCACUGCAACUUCUUCAAACAUUACAGUGUCCACACCCAUUGUCAACACUUUUCCAACACUAUCCGGUGCAACUUCCCCACCAGUCACUGCAACUCCCCCACCAAAUAAUACAACUUCAACACCAAUUACAAAAACAUCACCAGAGCAAAAUACAACCUUCCAAGUCGAAACUACUGUAUCUGGACCCACAUCUACUACACUUUCACCAGCACCGUCAACCAUUGCUACAAGUGGAGCAUCGGUUCAGACUACUCCAAUUCCAACUACUAAACCAGUCACCACCCAACCUGAUGUGACCACCCCAACAACUGUUGCACCCACAACCGUUCUCCCAACAGAUCCUCCCACAGGCAAUGAACGAGCAGUGAGCAUUUCCUUCCGUCUUCUUGACACAUUUACAUCAGAUCUUGAGGAUAGGAACUCUGCGAGAUUUAAACAACUUGCUCAAGUAUUGAUCAUCCAGGUAAACAUUGUGUGCAGAAAAAUCUAUGGAGUCUUAUUCCUUCGGUCUUAUGUCAUUACGUUCCGGAGUGGAUCAGUGCUCCCUGAAAUGGGUUUGGUAUUUAGAGACAACAGCUCAAUUCCCACAAUGGAAAAUGCAACAACAGUACUUAACACUGAACUUACCAGCAACAAUACCGGUCUGAACAUUUCAGCUGGCAGUGUUAAUGCAACCAACUACAUUGAUCCCACAACUACAACAACCACACCAACUGUCCCGGCUACAACAAUCUUAACAACUCUCCCUGCUACAACACCCACAGCAGGUGCUGUCACAUCAAGUGCUCUCUCUACGACAGGAAAUGAGCCAUCCACAAUAGUUUUGCCAACACUAAGCAAAACAUCAUCUACUGAGAACACUUCAACAAUUACUGCUACCUCACUUCCAGUCACUGCAACUUCACCUCCAGUCACCGCAACUUCACCUCCAGUCACUGCAACUUCACCUCCAGUCACUUCAAAUUCACCUUCAGUCACUGCAACUUCCUCCACAUUCACUGCAACAUCAUCUCCAGUCACUGGAACGUCCCCUGCAUUCACUUCAUCUUCAGUCCCUUCAAAUUCACUUCCAGUCACUGCAACUUCACCUCCAUCCACCGCAAGUUCACCUCCAGUCCCUUCAACUUCACCUCCAGUCACUGUAACUUCACCUCCUGACACUUCAUCUUCACCUCCAUCCAAUCCAACAUCACUUAAAGUCACCGAAACUUUAUCUCCAGUCACUGAAACUUCCCCUGCUUUCACUGCAACUUCAUCUCCAGUCACUUCAAAUUCACCAACAAUAACUUUAACUUCACCUACAGUCACUGCAACUUCACCUCCAUCCAUUGCAACUUCACCUCCAGACACUCCAACUUCACCUCCAUCCACUCCAACUUCACAUCCAUUCACCGAAACACCACUUCCAGUCACCGCAACUUCAUCUCCAGUCACUGCAACUUCCCAUGCAUUCACUGCAACUUCAUCUCCAGUCAGUUCAAAUUCACCAACAGUAAAUUUAACUUCAUCUCCAGUCAGUUCAAAUUCACCAACAGUAAAUUUAACUUCAUCUCCAGUCACUGCAACUUCAUCUCCAGUCACUUCAAAUUCACCUUCAGUCACUGCAACUUCCCCUGCAUUCACUGAAAAUUCAUCUCCAGUCAGUUCAAAUUCACCAACAGUUACUUUAACUUCGUCUACAGUCUCUGCAUCUUCACUUCCAUCCACCACAAUUUCACCUCCAGUCCCAUCAACUUCACUUCCACUCACUGCAACUUUACCUCCCGACACUUCAUCUUCACCUCUAUCCACUCCAACUUCACAUCCAUUCACCGCAACAUCACUUCCAGUCACCGGAACUUCAUCUCCAGUCACUUCAAAUUCACCAACAGAAACUUUAACUUCACCUACAGUCACUGCAACUUCAUCUCCAGUCACUUCAAAUUCACCAACAGUCACUACAACUUCGCCUACAGUCACUGCAACUUCAUCUCCAGUCACUUCAAAUUCACCAACAGUCACUACAACUUCAUCUCCAGUCACUGCAACUUCAUCUCCAGUCACUUCAAAUUCACCAACAGUCACUACAACUUCGCCUACAGUCACUGCAACUUCAUCUCCAGUCACUUCAAAUUCACCAACAAUAACUUUAACUUCACCUACAGUCACUGCAACUUCACCUCCAUCCAUUGCAACUUCACCUCCAGGCACUCCAACUUCACCUCCAUCCACUCCAACUUCACAUCCAUUCACCGAAACACCACUUCCAGUCACCGCAACUUCAUCUCCAGUCACUGCAACUUCCUCUGCAUUCACUGCAACUUCAUCUCCAGUCACGUCAAAUUCACCUUCAGUCACUGAAACUUCACCUCCAGUCACUGCAACUUCAUCUACAGUGACUUCAAAUUCACCUUCAGACACUGCAACUUCAUCUCCAGUCACUUCAAAUUCAGCUACAGUCACUGCAACUUCCCAUGCAUUCACUGCAACUUCAUCUCCAGUCAGUUCAAAUUCACCAACAGUAAAUUUAACUUCAUCUCCAGUCACUGCAGCUUCAUCUCCGGUCACUGCAACUUCAUCUCCAGUCACUUCAAAUUCACCUUCAGUCACUGCAACUUCCCCUGCAUUCACUGAAAAUUCAUCUCCAGUCACUUCAAAUUCACUUUCAGUCACUGCAACUUCCCCUGCAUUCACUGAAAAUUCAUCUCCAGUCAGUUCAAAUUCACCAACAGUUACUUUAACUUCGUCUACAGUCUCUGCAUCUUCACUUCCAUCCACCACAAUUUCACCUCCAGUCCCAUCAACUUCACUUCCACUCACUGCAACUUUACCUCCCGACACUUCAUCUUCACCUCUAUCCACUCCAACUUCACAUCCAUUCACCGCAACAUCACUUCCAGUCACCGGAACUUCAUCUCCAGUCACUGCAACUUCACCUCCAGUCGUUUUUACUUCAACUCAUGUAACUGAAACUUCACCAAAUGUUACAGCAUCUUCCCUGUUUGUGAGCACAACUCCAACACCAACCGCUGCAACUUCAUCUCCAGUCACUUCAACUUCUUCAAACAUUACAGUGUCCACAACAAUCGUCAACACUUCUCCAACACUAUCCAGUGCAACUUCCCCACCAGUCACUGGAACUCCCCCACCAAAUACUACAACUUCAACAUCAACUACAAAAACAUCACCAGAGCAAAAUACAACCUUCCAAGUCCAAACUACUGUAUCUGGAACCACAUCUACUACACUUUCACCAGCACCGUCAACCAUUGCCACAAGUGGAGCAUCGGUUCAGACUACUCCAAUUCCAACUACUAAACCAGUCACCACCCAACCUGAUGUGACCACCCCAACAACUGUUGCACCCACAACCGUUCUCCCAACAGAUCCUCCCACAGGCAAUGAACGAGGCUUGAGCAUUUCCUUCCGUCUUCUUGACACAUUUACAUCAGAUCUUGGGGAUAGGAAUUCUGCGAGAUUUAAACAACUUGCUCAAGUAUUGAUCAUCCAGGUUAACAUUGUGUGCAGAAGAAUCUAUGGAGUCUUUUUCCUUCGUUCUUAUGUCAUUGCGUUCCGGAGUGGAUCAGUGCUCCCUGAAAUGGGUUUGGUAUUUAGAGACAACAGCUCAAUUCCCACAAUGGAAAAUGCAACAACAGUACUUAACACUGAACUUACCAGCAACAAUACCGGUCUAAACAUUUCAGCUGGCAGUGUUAAUGCAACCAACUACAUUGAUCCCACAACUACAACAACCACACCAACUGUCCCGGCUACAACAAUCUUAACAACUCUCCCUGCUACAACACCCACAGCAGGUGCUGUCACAUCAAGUGCUCUCUCUACGACAGGAAAUGAGCCAUCCACAAUAGUUUUGCCAACACUAAGCAAAACAUCAUCUACUGAGAACACUUCAACAAUUACUGCUACCUCACUUCCAGUCACUGCAACUUCACCUCCAGUCACCGCAACUUCACCUCCAGUCACUGCAACUUCACCUCCAGUCACUUCAAAUUCACCUUCAGUCACUGCAACUUCCUCCACAUUCACUGCAACAUCAUCUCCAGUCACUGGAACGUCCCCUGCAUUCACUUUAUCUUCAGUCCCUUCAAAUUCACUUCCAGUCACUGCAACUUCACCUCCAUCCACUGCAAGUUCACCUCCAGUCCCUUCAACUUCACCUCCAGUCACUGCAACUUCACCUCCUGACACUUCAUCUUCACCUCCAUCCAAUCCAACAUCACUUAAAGUCACCGCAACUUUAUCUCCAGUCACUGAAACUUCCCCUGCAUUCACUGCAACUUCAUCUCCAGUGACUUCAAAUUCACCUUCAGUCACUGCAACUUCCCCUGAAUUCACUGCAACUACAUCUCCAGUCACUUCAAAUUCACCUUCAGUCACUGCAACUUCCCCUGCAUUCACUGCAACUUCAUCUCCAGUCACUUCAAAUUCUCCUUCAGCCACUGCAACUUCAUCUCCAGUCACUUCAAAUUCACAUUCAGUCACUGCAACACCACUUCCAGUCACCGAAACUUCAUCUCCAGUCACUACAACUUCCUCUGCAUUCACUGCAACUUCACCUCCAGUCACCGCAACUUCACCUCCAGUCACUGCAACUUCACCUCCAGUCACUUCAAAUUCACCUUCAGUCACUGCAACUUCCUCUACAUUCACUGAAGCAUCAUUUCCAGUCACUGCAACUUCACCUCCAUCCAGCGCAAGUUCACCUCCAGUCCCUUCAACUUCCCCUGCAUUCACUGCAACUUCAUCUCCAGUGACUUCAAAUUCACCAACAGUCACUACAACCUUGCCUACAGUCACUGCAACUUUAUCUCCAGUGACUUCAAAUUCACCUUCAGUCACUACAACUUCAUCUCCAGUCACUGCAACUACAUCUCCAGUGACUUCAAAUUCACCUUCAGUCACUGCAACUUCCCCUGCAUUCACUGCAACUUCAUCUCCAGUCACUUCAAAUUCUCCUUCAGCCACUGCAACUUCAUCUCCAGUCACUUCAAAUUCACAUUCAGUCACUGAAACUUCCCCUACAUUCACUGCACCUUCACCUCCAGUCACUUCAAAUUCACCAACAAUAACUUUAACUUCACCUACAGUCAAUGCAACUUCAUCUCCAUCCACUGCAACUUCACCUCCAGACACUCCAACUUCAGCUCCAUCCACUAUAACUUCACAUCCAUUCACCGCAACAACACUUCCAGUCACCGAAACUUCAUCUACAGUCACUACAACUUCCUCUGCAUUCACUGCAACUUCAUCUCCAGUCACUUCAAAUUCACCUUCAGUCUCUGCAACUUCCCCUCCAGUCACUGAAACUUCCCCUGCAUUCACUGCAACUUCAUCUCCAGUGACUUCAAAUUCACCAACAGUCACUACAACCUUGCCUACAGUCACUGCAACUUCAUCUCCAGUGACUUCAAAUUCACCUUCAGUCACUACGACUUCAUCUCCAGUCACUGCAACUACAUCUCCAGUGACUUCAAAUUCACCUUCAGUCACUACAACUUCCCCUGCAUUCACUGCAACUACAUCUCCAGUCACUUCAAAUUCACCAACAAUAACUUUAACUUCACCUACAGUCACUGCAACUUCAUCUCCAUCCAUUACAACUUCACAUCCAUUCACCGCAACAUCACUUCCAGUCACCGCAACUUCAUCUCCAGUCAAUACAACUUCCUCUCCAUUCACUGUAAAUUCAUCUCCAGUUACUUCAAAUUCACCAACAGUAACUUUAACUUCACCUCCAUUCACUGCUACUUCAUCUACAGUGACUUCAAAUUCACCUUCAGACACUGCAACUUCAUCUCCACUCACUUCAAAUUCACCAACAGUAAAUUUAACUUCAACUACAGUUACUGCAACUUCACCUCCAGGCACUGCAACUUCACUUCCAGUCACUCUAACUUCCCCUGCAUUCACUGAAACUUCAUCUCCAGUCAGUUCAAAUUCACCAACAGUAAAUUUAACUUCACCUACAGUUACUGCAACUUCACCUCCAGGCACUGCAACUUCACCUCCAGUCACUCUAACUUCCCCUGCAUUCACUGAAACUUCAUCUCCAGUCAGUUCAAAUUCACCAACAGUAAAUUUAACUUCACCUACAGUUACUGCAACUUCAUCUCCAGUCACUGCAACUUCAUCUCCAGUCACUUCCAAUUCAUCUUCAGUCACUGCAACUUCACCUCCAGUCAUUUCAAAUUCACCAACAGUUACUUUAACUUCGUCUACAGUCACUACAACUUCACCUCCAGUCGUUUUUACUUCAACUCCUGUAACUGCAACUUCACCAAAUGUUACAGCAUCUUCCCUGUUUGUGAGCACCACUCCAACACCAACCGCUGCAACUUCCCCACCAGUCACUGCAACUUCUUCAAACAUUACAGUGUCCACAACAAUCGUCAACACUUCUCCAACACUAUCCGGUGCAACUUCCCCACCAGUCACUGCAACUCCCCCACCAAAUACUACAACUUCAACAUCAACUACAAAAACAUCACCAGAGCAAAAUACAACCUUCCAAGUCCAAACUACUGUAUCUGGAACCACAUCUACUACACUUUCACCAGCACCGUCAACCAUUGCUACAAGUGGAGCAUCGGUUCAGACUACUCCAAUUCCAACAACUAAACCAGUCACCACCCAACCUGAUGUGACCACCCCUACAACUGUUGCACCCACAACCGUUCUCCCAACAGAUCCUCCCACAGGCAAUGAACGAGCCUUGAGUAUUUCCUUCCGUCUUCUUGACACAUUUACAUCAGAUCUUGGGGAUAGGAACUCUGCGAGAUUUAAACAACUUGCUCAAGUAUUGAUCAUCCAGGUUAACAUUGUGUGCAGAAGAAUCUAUGGAGUCUUUUUCCUUCGUUCUUAUGUCAUUGCGUUCCGGAGUGGAUCAGUACUCCCUGAAAUGGGAUUGGUAUUUAGAGACAACAGCUCAAUUCCCACACUGGAAAAUGCAACAACAGUACUUAACACUGAACUUACCAGCAACAACACCGGCCUGAACAUUUCAGCUGGCAGUGUUAAUGCAACCAACUACAUUGAUCCCACAACUACAACAACCACACCAACUGUCUCGGCUACAACACCCACAGCAGACACCACUACUUCACCUCCAGUCACUGCAACUUCACCUCCAUUCACUGCAACUUCAUCUCCAGUCACUUCAAAUUCACCAACAGAAACUGCAACUUCACCUCCAGUCACUGCAACUUCAUCUCCAGUUACUUCAUCUUCACCAACAUCCACUGCAACUUCCCCUCCAGUCACUGCAACUUCAUCUCAAGUCACUUCAUCUUCACCUUCAGUCACUGCAACCUCACCUCCAGUUACUUCAUCUUCUCCAACAGCAACUUCAUCUUCAACAACAGCAACUUCAACUUCAUCUACAGUCACUGCAACUUCACUUCCUGUCACUGCAACAUUAUCUCCAUUCACUGCAACCUCACCUCCAGUCACUUCAAAUUCACCAACAACAACUGCAACUUCACUUCCAGUCACUGCAACUUCAUCUCCAGUUACUUCAUCUUCACCAACAGUAACUUCAACUUCAUCUACAGUCACUGUAACUUCAACUCCAGUCACUUCAAAUUCACCAACAGCCACUGUAACAUCACCUCCAUUCACUGCAACAUCACCUCCAGUCACUUCAAAUUCACCAACAAAAACUGCAACUUCACUUCCAGUCACUGCAACCUCAGCUCCAAUCACUUCAAAUUCACCAACAGCAACUUCAACUUCACCUCCAGUCACUGCAACUCCAUCUCCAGUCACUUCAUCUUCACCUUCAGUCACUGCGACCUCACCUCCAGUUACUUCAAAUUCACCAACAGCAACAUCAAUUUCAUCUACAGUCACUGCAACUUCUACUCUAGUCACUGCAACUUCACCAAAUGUUACAGCAUCUUCCCUGUUUGUAAGCACAACUCCAACACCAACCGCUGCAACUUCACCUCCAGUCACUGCAACCUCACCUCCAGUAACUUCAAAUUCACCAACAGCAACAUCCACUUCAUCUACAGUCACUGCAAUUUCACCUCUAGUCACUGCAACUUUACCUCCAGUCACUGCAACUUCACCUCCAGUCGUUUCAAAUUCAACUCCUGUAACUGCAACUUUACCAAAUGUUACAGCAUCUUCCCUGUUUGUGAGCACAACUCCAACACCAACUGCUACAACUUCCCCACCAGUCACUGCAACUUCACCAAAUGUUACAGCAUCUUCCCUGUUUGUGAGCACCACUCCAACACCAACCGCUGCAACUUCCCCACCAGUCACUGCAACUUCUUCAAACAUUACAGUGUCCACAACAAUCGUCAACACUUCUCCAACACUAUCCGGUGCAACUUCCCCACCAGUCACUGCAACUCCCCCACCAAAUACUACAACUUCAACAUCAACUACAAAAACAUCACCAGAGCAAAAUACAACCUUCCAAGUCCAAACUACUGUAUCUGGAACCACAUCUACUACACUUUCACCAGCACCGUCAACCAUUGCCACAAGUGGAGCAUCGGUUCAGACUACUCCAAUUCCAACUACUAAACCAGUCACCACCCAACCUGAUGUGACCACCCCUACAACUGUUGCACCCACAACUGUUCUCCCAACAGAUCCUCCCACAGGCAAUGAACGAGCCUUGAGUAUUUCCUUCCGUCUUCUUGACGCAUUUACAUCAGAUCUUGGGGAUAGGAACUCUGUGAGAUUUAAACAACUUGCUCAAGUAGUGAUCAUCCAGGUUAACAUUGUGUGCAGAAGAAUCUAUGGAGUCUUUUUCCUUCGUUCUUAUGUCAUUGCGUUCCGGAGUGGAUCAGUGCUCCCUGAAAUGGGUUUGGUGUUUAGAGAUAACAGCUCAAUUCCCACACUGGCAAAUGCAACAACAGUACUUAACACUGAACUUACCAGCAACAACACCGGCCUGAACAUUUCAGCUGGCAGUGUUAAUGCAACCAACUACAUUGAUCCCACAACUACAACAACUGUCCCGGCUGCAACAAACUCAACAGCUGUCCCGGCUGCAACAAACUCAAUAACUGUCCCUGCUGCAACAAACUCAACAUCUCUCCCAGCUACAACAAACUCAACAACUGUCCCUGCUACUGCAAACACUUCUGCAACCACAGCGUCUUCCACCACUUCUACUACAGCAACCACACCAGCAACAGACCCUCCAACUUCCACAGAGGGAACCCUUAGGCUUAAAUUUCGUCUUGUCAGAGUGUUUAACCCAGAUUAUGCCAACAAAGAUUCAGCAGCUUACAAGGCUUUAGCUUUAGAAGUUAUCACUGAGAUUAACAGAAUUGGCAAAUUGCUGAACCCAUCAGCCUUCAAACGGUUCAUUAUUAAUUCAUUCACGAGUGGAUCCACGGUUAUAGACGGGUAUCUUAUUUACUCUAAAACGUUAGUUCCAGAUGCAGCCACGACUAAUCGACUGUUUGAAACUCAACUGCAAAGCUCAGUCUUAGAUUUCAUAAAAGGCAGUGCAUCUGUGGAGUCAACAACAACAUCAAGCAGCCCUCCACAACCCACCAUGGGCACAUUGGCCUUCUUUUCACUGACUGUGCUCGCUGUAGCACAGAUGCUUAUCAGCAUAUAGAACCAAAGCUUUGACUUCAACCAACUUAUCCCACAGUCUUUUUUUGAAAUGUAUACAAAAGAGCAGAAGAAAAUAUGUGUGUUGUGAAUUUUGCAACUGCAGCAUAUGGUAAAGGGAUGAAUGCAAUCAGUCAGAAAUCACGACAAAUUAACAGUAUUUUUUAGAUUUAAUAUCAUAUGCUAUUUAUAUUACUAAUCAGUUCUCUGUGAUAAAAAAAGUUCACAUUAUGUAUUAUUUUUUUGUUUUGAGAAUGAAAGCUAUUUCAUUGAAAAAUGCACAUAUAUCAAUGAAAGUGAACAAAAUAUUUAUUUCUUAUUUAAAAGGGCUUUGCAGUUAACUAUCUAGAGGCAUUGUGCACUCUGAAAGAGAACAGGAGUUUAGAUUUGGAUGUAGACUACAACAUAACUCAAACAACUGAUGCUAAAAACAGGGAUGCCUGGAAUUCCCAGACAACAUCUUAGAGUAACUGUUCUCUUUGCUUUUUUCAAAUAUUUAUUUUGAAGCUACAUCCAUAAAAAAGAGAUUAAGUGAGUAAAUAAUUUUAAAUAUGUUGCUUUUGCAGGAUCAAAGCAGUUUUGAAAGAAUGUGCACUGCCUUUAAAUCAGGUAUUUAUUGCUUGUCGGAAAUGUCAGUGUACUGUCAUUCUAGUUAUUUGUAAGCAUUUUCUUCUUUAGCAGAUUUUACUAAAUUAUUUCUGUAUAUGUCUUAUUGAGGGGGGGGGGGUAAUAAAACUGUAUUAUUAAUCAACUGAGCAAUUAAAAAAAGCAUUCAAAAAA